AUGGAUUGGCCAGCAGAAUGGGGAGAAACUGCCGUUGAUGUUCGAUUGGAUGAUGCAAGAUUGGCAGAAUCCAUCGUGGAGGUUCAAUCGAAUGAUACUCCAGAGUCGGUUGAAGCAGAACGCAAAGAAGCUAAAGAUGCGACGACUUCCGACAUGCCUGCCAGUACUAGUGAAACAGUUCAGUUCGACAAUGUUCCACUGGUUGUAUUAGCUCCAUUCGAAGAAGGCGUCGACAGUGGAGAAAUCGAAUUCCCGUCCCAUAUCUUGAACAGGACAUUCUCGAGUGUCCCUAAACAGUCCGAUUCGAAAGAGAAAGACGAUCCGCAGAAACUCAUCGUAUUGGAGAAGCGAAAUUCAGAGCUCUCAAAGGAUGUUCUCGGAACUCAGUGGAAGAACAUUCAGUUCCAUCUUCAAGUUAUGAAAGACGGCAGAUCAACGGCGAAAUUCUUGCCUUUUCUUUGGUCCCCAAAAGACACUGGGGUCAACGUUCGAGCCAAGAUUCGCGGUGCUAACGUCGCUCGUAAACUUGUCAUGGAGUUCACUGUAUAUCACAACAGCGAGCCUCAGCACAAAGCGUUCCUUGAAUUCCAUGCUGCUAGUCAUGUGUCUGAAUACGGCUGGUCUGACAAAACCGUGAAAGAUGCCAAGAAAGACAACAAAGGCAAAAAACGCAGCGACUAUGGGAAUUCCCCCGAACAAGACAGUUAUCUGCUUAUCCACUUUGUCACUAUUGGAGGUAUUGGAAUCGGCCUUGAUUUCGAUGCUGAUUAUUUUGACCAAGAUGACCGAGAAGUGCUUUACUACGCCCGACAUUUGGCACAGAAUUUCUCUCAGUCCCCCGGUACCCCAAAGCGUGUCGCUUUUCGCAUGAACGCUCGACGGGUAGAGUCUGGUUUGGGACAAGCCAAGAACAUCCGGAAGAGAGAAGAGUGGAAACGUUUGGAACGCGCUGUCUCGCAAUUUUCCGAAGAUUGCAAUAGCGUUCUUGCUCACUAUCGCAGCCAACAAGGUACUCCGUUGACACAAUGGGGCAUGUUUUCGGCAAGAUCCCAGAUUGCCAACGAGCACGGUGGCAUUGUGUCUUUUCCUGCUCAAACCUCCUUUUCAACUAUCGAUGAAGCUAGGAUUACGCUGGCGUACGGUUGCUUCUUGGAGUACCGUCGCGAGUUUGAGAUCGGUCAAGCAAUUUCAAAUCAACAGCACGGUGUUGCAUUCAUCCGCGUUGCAAAUUCCACCAUUCUUGCAAUUCUGAAGUUGAAUAUGCCUAAAGACCUGAUGGUGGAGCGGUGGGCACCUCGUGAGGGAACCAUGGUGAAGCUUGCUUUCAAACACGAAAACAAGUUCGAUACCAAAGACACCCUUUGCAAUGCUGUUUCAGUUCCAGACAUAUUCGGUCUACCUUACGAGGGCGGAUGUUUGUUUCUGGUUCCUAGUGCGAAUUUUGGAUUCUAUUCCAAGUUCGCCGCUCCGGUCGGGCAAGCCUUGGUGUAUCUUCCAACCAAGUUGAUCCUUCAUGUCCCGCAGAGCGGAGCGCAACGUCAGGUAGAUGCUGUUAAUCGCCUGUCAGAACAAGAAAGCUUGGGUAAAUGGCAGCCACUUCUCCUCAACCACCGUGCUGGAAAACGCCCCAUGGUUGAUCCCACAGCCCCUUUGAAUCCUGCUGCUGGAGUUGUCAUGUCGAAAGUCCAAGAAGUCAUCGGCAAAUUGGAUUGGUCAGAAAGCCAGAAAGCCUGUCUCAAGUCUCUGCAGAGUUUUCCUGCCGACGCCAUCUGCGAGAGCAUGGACAAAUGGGAACGUCUUACAGGUGAAAAUCUGAAUCCCAUCAGAGUCUAUCGUCCUUUCUCUGAGAGCAAGGCCUUCAAGACGCACGGCAGGUCAAGAAAAGAGCACACCGAGAAUGAAGGCGCUGAGAUUGACUCGGACGAGUUCACUUCUGCUGAGAUACCGUUGAACGAGGAAGGAGAAGAUGUCGACAUGCUAGCAGAAUUUCGCCGCUACGUCAACCUUCUCCAAGAACGACCAUUCGGAGAUUUCGAGGAGGAAGACCGGCGCAAGGCACUGCUGGCGUUUCAAAAGGUGUCGCAAAUGCUUAUUGCCACAAACUUUGGCCUAGGUGCCUUAGGUGUUAUAAUCAUCCGCGACGAGGACACCAAGGAGACCGAAGCAAACUCAUGGGUUCCCGUAGCCAAGUUGCUUAAUUCUGAUCGUAUCUGCGGCAUAGUUAGCUGCGGUGACGAGAAGCAACUCCAGCCGACGGUGAUAUCUUUACAGGAUAAGUACCAGUACAACGAGUUUGCUCCGCAACUUUCUCUCACCUUGGCGGCGCGUCUGGCCCGGAUGGGGCAUCCUGUCAUCAAAUUGACAGAGCAGUUUCGCUACCGCCCUGUCUUUUCUGCCUGGCCAAAUAGGAGGACGUACGACGGACUUCUCGCUAGCCACCCAUGUACCAAAGCGAUCACGGUCAAUGCCAACUUUGUGAAAGCAAUGGCAAAUGCAUUUGCUUUCAACGGCGAUUCAUUGACCGACUUUGGCAACGUGGUGGCUAGCGUAGAAGGAUCCGCAUGUGUCGUCGACGAAGUGUCGAAAAACUCCAUGCAAGGAAAAGAGACGAAGGUUAUUGUUCACGACUGGGUUAUCUCGCAAGGAGACAAGUUUUCUGAUCUCGGCUUUACCACUGACGACCAUCGCGGCACUGUGGCACUCACAAGGAUGUCUGAGGUAAUGAUCAACAUCCUGCCUGAGUCUGUUGGAACUGGUACUCGAGCAGUUGCUCCGGUGGAACGGUUCACUUACUUGGGCAACAGGAUCGAGAGUCGGAUCCCAUAUCCAUGCGCUUUCAUGCAAUGGGCCCAGACCCAUGGAAUCGUCCUCAAGGUCAAUUGUCCGAAAAAAGACGAGUUUAUUCCUACAGCAUCGACUUCCGCACCCCCCCUUCCCCGGAUCGAUGACCAGACUCCACUUCCUAAGACCAUCGAGGAGUUGACUUUGACCAGCGACGACGAAGAAUUCUGCGAUGCGCUCGAAUACUCCGACAAGUCUGUGUCCGAGAGUGUUGUCGAGGAUGAGCCUGAUUCCUUCCGUCAACUUGCUGUCGAGAAUAACAAACACAAUGGCGACGAAUCUUGGGGCUGGGAUGGGUGCGAUAACCAAAACAAUGGUUGGUCCGGAGCCAAUGAAGAGCCUUCUGAAGACCAGAAUGGAUAUCUGUGGUGA